CCUUCUCUCAUAUUCAGUAGUGAUCUGUGAGAGCUGCAUCAAGCUAGCCAGCCUCAUGAUCCGGCGUUCGUGUACAAGAUGAACUCAUCACCUCCGCCCCCUUCAUUCAAUCUCCCUCCAUUGACAUUGAAUGGCCGACUACCGAUCACGCCUAGCCCAACCGAAAGUCCAAAUGAAGAAUUCGAGGCGUAUGAUUUUACAAAAGCUAGCAGCAGCGGCGGCGGCGGUGGAGGGUCGAACAAAGGCAAGGGCAAAGCGAGGGAAGUUCAUGAUACGACAGAAGAUGGAGGUCGAGUAUCCAUGUAUGUGCAGCUGUUUGAGGAGAUGAUUCGGACGGUCUUGGAAUCUGAGGAAUACUUGUUCACGCCAAGGGAAGUAUUUGUCCUCAAGGGAAUCCUCUCAUUACCUUAUGACCCAAAAUACCUCUUGACGCGAUUACUCCUGCGACGACCUGGAAAAAUUCAUCCUCUCGCUAAUCUGUGUCCGACCUACUCUCCGGAACUUGGUGAUGCUGGCGUCAGACGAGCUGCGGAAGCAUUGACAAAGCUGCUGGAUGUUCCUCAAGCCAUCAGAGAUGCGGAACCCAAGCAGCUCACGUCCGACACGCCUUCGAAUGACCUGAGGACACCUCUCAAACCGUCCAUUUCGCCGCUUCAAUCACGGCCGUACCCGACGCCUGGGAGCUCCAAUAGCAAGCGGAAACAUAUGCGGAAACCUUGGGCAGACUUGUCUACAGGACUAUCAGAAGCAGAGGAAAAGGAAGAUCCGGAAUUGGCAGAGGCAAUACGUGAAUCAUUGUGGGCGAGUCGUGUGGGACGAGUCGAGUUGGAUGAAGAAGGCACAGUGGUUCAUACACCUCCACCGGCAUGUGUCCACGGUUCGGCAAGUCGCUCAGUAUCCGAUACCUCGACGAGUUCAACGUCGUCGUCAACUUCUUCCGCCGAAUCAUCGGUACCACCCGCUCGAAAGAACACAUCACAGAUGGAGGCCUUCACUCUCGCUCCAAAAGCUGCGGACCCUAUUACUCGACUCGCUCGAGAUGAUUCCGACAUGUCCCUGGAUGAGAUCAUGACUUGCGUGUCUGCUGACGAAUUACGCAAGAUUGCUCGAGCUAGAAAAAUCCCAUUGGCGAGCUUGGCAACUCGCAGUGCCGUCGAAACGGCCCUCAAAUCCUUAGCUACAAAGCAGACAGUCCUUGGGUUUACACCGACAAAGUCCAGCACAAAGACCUCCAAAGGCAAGACGGUUCAAACGUCUCUAUCGUUCACUUCGACAACAACAAGAGUCAUCACUUCGGAAUCACUCAUCAUUGCCUCGUUGAUCCCUCUCCUCGGCGGGUCAGCAAUCCAACUCACUCCUCAACUCCAUUCACUCAUUUCUCGCGUCAACCUGAUUUACUCUCGUACACCACCAUUGACAGCUUCAGCCUCAUCGCUCAUGUUACCUUCCAUCCUGGUCGCAUCCCACAAACGUCGGUAUCCAGACUACGGGCCUCCGACCCGGUCAAAAAUCUGGAAGACAAGGGACGAUCUGAUGAUUUGGGAGAGGGCAACACAUUGGGAGAGUGUCGUGGCGGAUGCACUAGGCGAGACAUGGUUGGAGCAGAGGAAAAAUCCAAUGCCUGGAUUCGGGAUCAAAAAGGAACCUCCAAACCGACUCGAGGGCGCAGCCAUGGUGAAGAAAGUCUGGGAAGGCGUCUGGCCAAUAUGGCAGGAGAUGGUAGAAGGCUCAAAGGGGGACGAAGUCGACGUCAAGGAAGAGGAGGGUGGUUUAGUGGGUGAUAGGUUUAGAACGGGUCACGUCCUCACGCGAAUAGUAUACAAGUCUGCUGUUGCCCUUGGCAUACUUCACGAGUACGAUCUCGAAUGCGAAAUGCUCAAGGCGCUCCUGAACCAGCGUCGAUGGCGUCGCAGCAAGCGAGGGGCCUGGUACGAGCGUCUGGCACUGGUUCUUAUGAAUCACUACAAUGCCUCGCCAGAGGAGAAAGAGGAGAAGAUGCGCGAAGCGACCCAGGUUUGCAUCGACGGAUUGCUCGACGAAGAUACGCACCUCAUCUACCGCCCUGGACUGUCCCGUCGCCUGACGCGACUGGAAAACAAGCUAAAUUUGCCCAACGAUGAGCGACAUAUCUCUCACGCCGAACUCCUCAAAUGCGAGACUCGAGAACUAUCAGCUCCGCGAGUCCCCGAGAAUCUUGGGGCGCCCAAAGCUCGGCCUAGAGCUGAUCCUGCACGCGAGAGGGAUAGAGAGGCUAGUCUGGGUCUCGAUGAUGGAUCUGAGCGUCCUUGGACGUUUCAACAGACUGGCAAGAGUGUUUGGGUCGGCAGAGAAAGCGAAGUCACGGUGGAGGGUUGGGUCUUGGAAUGGUGGGAGAAAAAGGGGUAUAAAGGGUAUCACUCUGAAGGCUCUAUCCUCACCACUCUCUUUGCUCUCCUCAUGUGGCCGAUCCUGUUUCAUCCUCUUCCCGGGAGCUUUGAAACGCCAUAUCAGACUGCUCCGCUCGAUCUCGGAGAAGACACGUUCGCACCUGCUCGCUUGGAGCUCAUUGAAUCCCGCUUGAAUGCCAUGACCAAGACAACAAACGCGUUGGAAAUGUUACGAGAGACCGAUGGUGCGCAGCGUGAAAAGCAGACUUGGGCGGUAGGACUCAACUGGGAAUAUGAAAAAGACGAUUUGGAAGAAUUGGUGCAGUGUCUAGGAGGCAAAGCCCUCAGUGUCAUUUGUCGCAUGCUGGCCGAGGAGUAUAGACACCGCGUGAGCGGUGUUCCAGACUUGAUCGUCUGGAAGUUUGAUACGCGUGAAGCUAGAUUUAUCGAGGUCAAAGGUCCAGGUGACUCGCUAUCGGAGACACAAAAGAUCUGGAUCGAUGUCCUCCUCUCCGCUGGAGUCCCAGUAGAAGUGUGUAAAGUCAAAGCGAAGGAUCACGAAGCGAGUCGCUCCGCGAUGGAAAGGCUGGCAAAACGCAAAGCCUCAGCGGUCAGCAAGGAAGUGCAAGCGAAGAGUGCGAAGAGAAUCAAGAAGGAUCGAGGAGAACAAGACGAUGAUGAAAUGGCAAUGAUGGAGAUGGAACGAGGUGAAGGUGUGGAUGCCGAUGAGAACGGGGAUGAUGAUGAUGAUGGUGAUCAGGAGGACGAGGAUGAUGAGUGGAAGUAUGAAUCGGGGGAUGAGGGCAAAGGUGAAGGUCGAUGGGAGAGGUCUGUGGCGAAGAGGAAGAAGGGCAAGCCAUAGCCUUGCACACUACUUGUAUAGAAAGGUUGUUGUACUUCUCAAUUGUAAGUCAGAUGGAAUAUCAUAUCAGGUGGA